AUGCGCUUCUCGUCACUUGCGGUUGCUGUGCUGGGGUUUGUGAUUCCCGCGCAGGGCCAGGAACUACCGUUGAAGAGUGACAGCCGCUGGAUUCUGGACAACUCAGGCCAGCGCGUGAAGCUGCGAUGUAUCAACUGGGCGGGACAUGGGGAGACCAACAUCCCUGAGGGCUUGCACAAGCAGUCCAUCAACUACAUUGCCGACUUCAUCAAGGACCAGGGCUUCAACUGCGUCAGACUGACGUACUCGAUCGACCAUGCUUUGAACCCGGAAACUACAGUCAGGGGCUCAUUCACUGCGGCGGCGGGUGCGUCAGGUCUGCCAGUCGAGACGUUGGAUGGCCUCUAUCAGCAAGUCACGGAUAAGAACUCGUUCAUUGGCAAUGCGACGACGCAGGACGUCUUCGGAGCUGUGAUCAAGGCGCUGUGGGAUAGGCAGGUCAUGACGAUCCUGGAUAACCAUGUCAGCAAGGCGAGCUGGUGCUGCAACUUAACCGACGGCAACGGAUGGUGGGACGAAGCCUUCGGUUACAAUGACGCCAACAGCCGUUUCUUCAAGACAAACGAAUGGCUCGAUGGCCUCUCCGCCAUGGCAACCUGGUCCAAAACCCAACCAGGAGUUGUGGGCAUGUCGCUGCGCAACGAAAUGCGGCCCUUCCUACUACAGGACCUCAACGGCCACGCCGACUGGUACAACUUCGUCAACCAGGGCGGUAAGCGCGUGCACGCGGCCAAUCCGGAAGUGCUCGUCGUCGUAGGCGGCUCCCAGUCCGCCACCGACCUGUCCUUCAUCAAGACCAAGAACGUUGACUACUCCGCGUGGGCCGGAAAGCACGUCUGGGAGAUGCAUGCUUACUCUUUUACGGUGACGUUUCCGGACCCGUUUGACAGCUGCGAUAUGGUGCAGGGUGAGUAUGGUCUGCUUGAUGGGUUUGUGCUCGAGCAGGGCAAGGGAUACACGGGGCCGCUGAUUGUUUCGGAGUUUGGGGUCGGCAUGUCAGGUGGGCCCAACGAUGGGCUGAGUGAUGGUGAUAAGAGUUAUUUCGACUGCAUUAAAGAGUGGAUGAAGGGGAAUGAUGCCGACUGGGCGUUGUGGGCGCUACAGGGAACUUAUUAUAUUCGAGAGGGCAAAGCCGAGUAUGAGGAGACGUGGGGGCUGAUGGACAAGGAGUGGAAGACGGUGAGGAAUGAUAAGUUCCCUGGUAUGAUGGCGGAGCUGUUUGAGGUUACGCAGGGUCCGUAG